AGAUCAAGAUGUCGAGGAAAUUUGUCCAAAUUGAAGAAGUUGAUGACAAAACAUCAGCAUGCACCGCAAUUGUUCAGGUUGUGGAGAAAAGUCAUAUCCAAAUUAGCAAGCCACUAAAAAAUCUCCCAUACAGAAGAUAUUUGCUCACAGACUCAGAAGGAACGAAAGUAUCUGUAGUUGUCUAUUCCGCUGAUUUGGACGUGGUUUCAGAAAGGCUGGUGCCGUACAAGCGAUAUUAUGUCUCCAAUGCUAUUGUCGGUCCAGUUGAUACAAGAUAUCAAGUUGGUUUAUCUCUAACGACAAGGUUGCCGACCUGCAUUCUAAUCAACCCACCUAUGCAAGAAGCAGUUAAUUUAAAACAAUGGUACAUAGAACACAAAGUUGAAGUUGCACAUCUAAUUGAAAACAAAGCAUUCAUGAAUGCCUCUGUCCUUUUGCCACCACCAAAUGGCAAUCAUGUUGUCACAGUUCAAGCAGCUUUGCGUUCACUUAACAAAACAGUGAAAGCUACAUGGGUCACAAACCAGAAAUCCUUAUGGUUCAGUGCAUGUGGACAUUGUCACACUAAGCUUGAAGUUCCAGUUGGUUGGGAAGUGAAAUGCACAAUAUGUCAAGAACAAACCAAUGUAGAGCCGAGAUGUCGGUUUGUUGUGGCUAUUAAUGACGGAACAGGAGUAUUAAAUGCACUCAUUUAUGCUGAAGAUACUGAAAAGUUGAUUCCAUUUACUGCAUUACAAAUAUAUGAGGCUGGAAAAGAUGGCAACAAUUUGCUGUCAGAAAUCAUAACAGGCUUCUGGAAGAAAACUAUGACAUGCUUCGUUAGGCAUUAUGAGUCAGAUUAUGGAUAUCUUAUGGACAACUACCCCAUCGAAAACCAAGUUGCGGCAGAUGAGCACCUGAUAACACCAACUGGCAGCCAAAUUCCAUUUGCAGGUGAUGAAUCGCCUUACUCCAGAAUGGAAAGGGAAGCAGAAAAACAAUCAGCAGGAAGCUCGACCAAGCGAAAACUAAUCUUCAGCGGCCCAAGUGAUUCCAAAGGUGAAACCAACCAGGAAAAAUCGUCAAAGAAGCAUAUCGGCACUUCAAAUGUGGAAGAAAAAGAUUUCAAUCCAAAAAAACCAUGUUUUUAGGAUCUUUAACUUGCACAUUAUAUUUUUAGUCAUUUGCUUUUGUAAGGGAGAUGGCAAUGAACCCCAACUAUUUUGCGUAGUGGCAUUAUCUUAGAAAUAUUAUUACUGGUUAAGCUUAUAGUGCUUGAUGAGAAUUAAUAUUUUGCAUUUUCAUUUAGCCACACAUUAGAAAAUACAUUUGGCACAAAUGGCUGCAAUCUAUCUGUGUAUGGUAUGUGUAUGUACCUUCAAGACUUCGAACAAACAUAUUUUGGUGUAAUAUUUUAGUGCUUACAUAAAUAUAAGAAUGGUUGCUGCUGUCUGAGUUAUUAAAAUUUUUGCAUAUGAAUGCUAAUCAAAUAAUGUAAUCACUGG